AUGAAUAUUUUGAAAUAUUUGGGUCAAACUCAAAAAUCGAUAAAAUUCGGACACGUGGAUUUAAGCCAUUAUGCAGCUGACAAUUUGUCUGAAAUUUUGGAUAAUCUGAAAAUCGUGGAAGAUUUGGAAUUGGAUAUGUCCUCGAUUUCUGAAUUUGUUAAAAACGAAUUUCGAAUUUGGGAAUUUAAGAAUUUAACGAUGAGCAAUGAGUUCUGGCUUGAUUUUCCGUGUCUUCUGGAUUCCGAAAUUGUGAAAAUCAGCGGAAAUAAGCUGAGCAAUAAAGACGUCAAUCGAUUUUUGAAGUUUUGGAAAAUGGGCGGAGCUUUGAAAAUGAGAAAUUUUACUUUGGAAGUUGUGGAAAUGGAUUUUGAGAGAAUUUUCGAAGGGAUUGAGUACAAGAAAAGUUCUGAGAAGUGA